UUUUUUUUUUUUUUUCCUUCCCUCCCUUUCGCCUUUCGAUACUCUCCGUCCCCACCCUCCACCCAACCCGCUGUCCCCUUGCCCAUCGUGUCCCCGGGCCGCAGCCAGCAGACACCGCGCCAUCUCUCCCCGCGCUCAGUUCUCCACGCGGGACGCGCAGCCGUGCCUACAAGUGUCCUUAAGCAGAGAUGAACAAUACUGCAGCUAGCCCAAUGUCCGCUGCCAGCUCAGGUGGCGGGAGAAGCACAGGGAAGACUGUAAGCUUUGCAGCAGAAUUGCAGAGUAUGAUGUUUUCUUUAGGCGAUGCUAGACGGCCUCUCCAUGAAACAGCAGUUUUGGUUGAAGAUGUGGUUCACACACAGUUAGUUAACUUGUUACAGCAAGCUGCCGAAGUUUCUCAACUGCGAGGAGCGAGGGUAAUCUCCGCUGAAGAUCUUCUGUUUUUGAUGCGAAAAGAUAAGAAAAAACUUAGAAGACUUUUAAAAUACAUGUUCAUCCGAGACUACAAAUCGAAGAUUGUCAAAGGCUUAGACGAGGAUGAUCUCCUGGAAGACAAAUUGAGUGGCAGCAGUAACGCAAAUAAAAGACAGAAAAUUGCCCAAGACUUGAUCAAUUCAAUUGACCAGACAGGAGAACUUUUGGCAAUGUUUGAAGACAACGACAUUGAUGAAGUUAAGCAAGAAAGGAUGGAGAGAGCAGAAAGACAGACUCGAACUAUGGAUUCAGCUCAAUAUGCGGAAUUCUGUGAAAGUCGACAGUUAAGUUUCUCAAAAAAAGCUUCCAAAUUUCGAGACUGGCUGGAUUGUGGUAGCAUGGAGAUAAAACCCAACGUUGUCGCUAUGGAGAUUUUAACAUAUUUAGCAUAUGAAACUGUGGCACAGUUGGUGGAUCUGGCUCUUCUUGUGAGGCAGGACAUGGUAACCAAAGCAGGGGACCCCUUCAGCCAUGCCAUUUCUGCAGCCUUCAUCCAGCACCACAGCCCUGCGGAGGGAUCUUACAUGAAGUCCUGCCCAGACUCUCCUGAGAACACGCCACCUCCGACACCAACUGCUCCAUCAUCUGGAUCUCAGCAUUCAGGGAAAGCUGUGUCAGGAGCAUUGGGGAAUGGGAGUGCUGGACCAGAUGCAGCCAAAACCAAACAGAGGAAAAGGAAGAAGAGCACUGCGGCCUGUGGUGUUGAGGCUCACAGCGAUGCCAUCCAGCCCUGCCACAUCAGAGAGGCCAUCCGACGCUAUGGCCACAAGAUUGGCCCCCUGUCCCCGUUCACAAAUGCCUACCGCCGGAACGGGAUGGCUUUUCUAGCCUGCUGAUGGGCCGUGAGAGCGCCCGCAAUGACGGCUAAGGCGGUGUGCCACCUGCGUGAGGUGAUGCUCCUCUCCUGCAUUAAAAAAAUAAUAAUAAAAUAAAAAGACACCUUCUCCACA